CAUCCUGGGAGCAAUGGAGACGAUGCUAAAAGGCGAAGAUGUCUCAGAGGAGGUGAUCCAGCGCCAGAAGUACUUCCUGUGUAACCCGGCCCACCAAAGCAGCGCUGUAGACGAGCAUUACUUCAUGAAUGAAAGUGCAGCUCAAGUAAGGGAUAUAACAAAGUUUAAACCCCUCUCCAGCAAGAUUUCAGUGAGCAUGAUCACUGGGGAUUCCUUUGAUGAGCAAAUACCAGAGCAUCUAAACCAAAUGGUAGCUGAACAUCAAAAGAGGUUCCUGAAGGAAUCCUACCCAUCAGCCAAUCACAUUCACAUAAAAGGAGCGGACCGUCGAAUGAUCUACAAGAAGCCAUCUGCCAUCAGCCAGCACCUGUGGAAGCUGGUAAACCAGCGACAAGCCAGACAGCAGAGCGAGUGACCCGUGGCCAGGAAGGAGGGACGCCCCAGACUCGGGACGAGUAAUAAUCACAUACGUUUUAAAUAUUCAAUCAAAUAUUCCGCUUAUCUUUUUACCUUUCUGCGCAGCAGUUGGUGGAGAUUGUCGACACGUCUGCUGAGGUUCAUCAGAAAGUCAAUUUCAGAACACGUUAUUUUUUGCCGCUCAGCUUCAUUGGAAGCUUUUUAAUUGAAGAUAACUGGGGGGUACUCCGUGUGAUGAAACAUUUUCUGUCUUAGAUUCAUCUUAUCUUUCAAGUUGUUAUUUCAGGCUCUUUGCCAGAUUGGCCAGUGCCAAAAAUUAAUACAUUAUUUCUUAUCAAGGUAAAGGCCACACACACACACACACACACACACACUC